AGACAGAAACUUUUACAAAAGAUAGAUUCUAAGGUUUUGUUAGUUCUGUUUAAUGUGUGAAUCCCAAACCUUUGCUCUCAUUCUGACACUCAUCACAGAUAAAACAUAAAUAUAUUAAUUCACCAUUGUCUAGUCAAAAUGGAGUUCUGCUCACUAAACUUCCUACUACAUACUGUUCAAUUAAGUGUUAACUAUAUAUCCCCCUCCCUUUUUUUUUGUUUCCUUCAGAGCUUUUUGAUGAUUUUGCAAACUAGUCAACAAUUCAGCACAAAGGCAUCCAGAGUCACGCUGGCGUGUCGUGACAGAAUCACACAAUUACAUGAGGCUCAUCCCAUUGUGAAAAUGCCCGAACAGCAGAGGUAAAUAGACUUCAACUGUCAGAGCCAGCACAGCCCGAGAGACUUGAAACUGGGACUCCACAUUUUAUGGGGAGAAGUUUCCUGCUGGGACAUGGAGUAAAGGCAACAGGCAGAAAAUGUCAGCAAGAUUUCUAAGAGCAACCCUUGCUUUGCUUGCUCUGAACUGUUUCGGGACCCCGGUGGCAACAGCAAUAUCGUGCAGAAAUGAAGAAGGUGAAGCUGUGGAUUGGUUUACCUUUUACAAGUUACCCAAAAGGCAAGACAAAGAAAAAAGAGAUAUUGGCUUAGAGUACCUUUAUCUAGAUUCUACGACCAGAAGAUGGAAGAGGAGUAAGCAAUUAAUGAACUCCACCCAGAGUGUUUUGGGAAAGACAUUAGAGCAGUUGUAUGAAGCAUAUGCCUCCAAGGGUAACAACACUGCCUAUGUGAUUUAUAAUGAUGGAGUCCCUGGAGCUGUGAACUACAGCAGAAAAUACGGACAUACCAAAGGCCUACUGCUAUGGAACAGAGUCCAGGGGUUCUGGCUGAUUCAUUCUAUUCCCAGGUUUCCUCCAACUCCUGAAGAAGGCUAUGGUUAUCCACCCACGGGGACAAGAAAUGGGCAAACUGGCAUUUGUGUGACUUUUAAAUACAACCAAUAUGAAGCUAUAGAUUCUCAGCUCCUGAUCUGCAACCCAAAUAUUUACAGCUGUUUCAUCCCGACCACCUUUAAUCGGGAGCUCAUUUAUAUUCGUCAGCUGUGCACUGGGUCCACCUCACGGGAGAUCCCUGGCCAGCACCUCACCACACUUCAGUCAGCUCAAGGACAAAAAUUCCUUCAUUUUGCCAAGUCUGAUUCUUAUCUUGAAGACAUCUUUGCAGCCUGGAUGGCUCAGCGGUUGAAAACACACUUGCUAACAGAAACCUGGCAGCGAAAGAGACAAGAGCUUCCUUCAAACUGCUCUCUUCCAUACCAUGUCUACAAUGUCAAAGCCAUUAAGCUGUCCGGACGGUCUUACUUCAGUUCUUACCAGGAUCAUGCCAAAUGGUGUGUUUCCCGAAAGGGCACCAAAAAUCACUGGACGUGCAUCGGUGACCUAAAUCGCAGCCCCCACCAAGCCUUCAGAAGUGGAGGAUUCAUUUGUACACAGAAUCAACAUAUUUACCAGGCAUUUCAAGGAUUAGUUUUAUAUUAUGAAAACUGUGACUAAACUUGGGCAAAGGAUGAAUAUACCAUCCUCCUGUGCAUUGAUAA